GGAAUAUAAAUGUUUGCAAUAAGGAAAUCCUUAGUAAGAACACUGGAAGGUUACCACCAUGAAAUACUCUUCCUUCCUUGCUGUUCUGACCCUUCCCCUGUUCAUUGGCCUGGAUGUCUCUGCGCUCUCACUGAACUCCAAUAAUGUGGAGGAUACAUCACACGAUGGCAUUGGGACCUGUUACACCUGGGGCAAAGGAGCAUUCAGGACCUUUCAGGAUGAUUUUUUCCACUUCAGAUCAAAGUGCAACUUUAUUCUGACUCGUCUGUGCAGGGGCAAUGGAGAGGAUUUUAACAUACAGAUCCGCAGAGGAUCGAAUGGCGAUCUGGAACAUGUGCACAUGCAAAUUGAAGGCGUCUCUGUUACGAUAGAAAAUAAAACAAUUACAGUGAAAGAUAUGAGAAUAAAAUUGCCCUAUGAUGGUAAAAUCAUUACCGUGCAGAAACAUGGAAAGGACAUACGAUUUUCAAACAGGAAGCACACGAUUGCUCUGAUCUGGAAUAAGCGUGAUUCAUUGGCGGUAACCUUGGAUACCAAAUAUAAAAACAAAACAUGUGGUCUUUGUGGGAAUUUUCAAGAACAACGUGGAAUCAAUUCUGCGUCUACUGAUGCUUUAUACAAAAUCAUGGUUACCAAUCAGCUGGAUGUUCUGGGAAAUGUGUGCACUAAUGAAAGGCCUACAGAUUCAACAUGCACAGCAGUUGAUAGCUGCCUGCACCCCAUAUCAAUGUAUUUUUCCACAUGCCUUACGAAAUAUCCCUUUAUUAGCGGAUACCUGGAAUUAUGUCAAAGGGAUGCCUGUAGUUGUGUUAAUAAGCAUGAGUGUGCAUGUGCCACUUUCGAAGAACUAUCAAGGCAAUGUACAAAUCUCCCAGAAACAAGUGGACCUGAAAACACCUUGCAGCAAAUUUGGAAAAGCUGGAGAUCAAAAGUUACCUGUGGAAACCCUAUUUGUGCUGAAAAUCAAAUCUACAAUGAAUGCGGUGCACUCUGUGUCCCCACUUGCUCUGACCCGGAAACACAGCAGCAAUGCGACAAGUGUGUGAAUACCUGUGAAUGUCCUGAAGGUACUGUCCUUGAUGAUAUAAGAGGCACAGACAGGUGUAUCAACAAAAUUGAAUGUCCUUGUGAAUAUGCUGGAGUGAUUUAUGAACCUGGACAACUGAGAAACACUUCUUGUCAUUCAUGUGUUUGUAGAAGUGGAAUGUGGGACUGCUUAGAUAUCAACUGCCCGGGAAGAUGCAAAGUUGAAGAAGGAGCUCACUUUACAACAUUUGAUAAUGCAUAUUACAUCAUGAAUGGAGAUUGCUCUUACUAUGCUGUUUUUACCGAAACAUGGAAGGUAAUCAUUGAAGUGAGGCCAUGUCAACUUGCAAUUAAAGAGACUUGUCUCCACCGUGUGGUGCUCACCAAACAGCAGAUGAAGUAUGAAUUCACUAAUGAUGGGAAUGUUUAUUCUGAAGGGCACAAAAUUGGGCUUCCCCUUAAAACAGCUGAUUUAGUAAUUUUUCGGCAGUCGUCCAUAUUCCUUCAAGUGGCCACUCAAUCUGGGCUGAAAAUGCAAGUGCAGACUUCUCCCAUCAUGCAGCUUUACAUCUCACUGCCUGAAUUUCUGCAGGGUCACACAAAAGGUCUCUGUGGCACCUUCAAUGACAAUGCAAAUGAUGACUUCCUAGCUUCAUAUAACAUUGUGGAAAAUUCUCCUCUCAUUUUUGCUAAAUCUUGGGAAGUUGAAGCAAACUGUCAUCCACCAAGUUUACCUGACCUGUGCAUUAGUUCAGAAAAUGAACAAUAUGCCAAACAGCACUGUUCCUUCCUAAAGGAUCCAACCGGUCCCUUCUCAGCAUGUCACUCCACUGUGGAUUAUGCACAAUAUUAUCAGAUGUGUGUUGCUGCUACCUGUGCCUGUGAGAAUAUCAAUGACUGCCUGUGUGCAGGACUGGGGGCAUAUGUCCACGAGUGUGCUGCUAAUGGUAUCAUCAUUGAAAACUGGAGAAGAGACAUUUGCGAUAUACCGUGUAGUAGCUCGCAGGUUUACAAGAAUGACAUGAGAGCUUGUAACCGGACCUGCUGGUCACUAUCAGAGAAUGAUUACACCUGCAAAAUUAAGGAUGUUCCAGUUUAUGGAUGUGGCUGUUCUGAGAAAAUGUACAUGGAUGAAAAUGGAUUCUGUGUGGAACAAUCAGAUUGUAUGUGCUCUUAUGAAGGGAGGCUUAUAGAAAAAGGGCAGAAUAUUAAGAAGAACGGUAGACUCUGCAUUUGCCAAAAUGGAACUUUUGAAUGCUUUAAAACAGACGACCCAAAACCUCCAGAAUGCCAUGAUGAAAAAGUCAUGUUUAACUGUACAAAUGAAACUGGUUCUUCAUCGGAAGACGAGUGUAAAAAAACAUGUCGAACUCUAAGCAUUCCAUGUAGUUCAUGUGUCCCUGGCUGUGCCUGUCCCCAUGGUCUUGUGGAAGAUGAUAGUGGAAAGUGUAUUGCACCUGGAAAUUGCUCUUGUUUAUACGGUGGCAAACUCUAUACCAAUGGAAGAAAAAUUCAAAGGGAUUGUAAUAAAUGCACAUGCCAGGGAGGCUCAUGGAGAUGUACUAAUGAAACAUGCCCAAAGACUUGUGAAGUUUACGGUGAUGGCCACUAUGGAACCUUCGAUGGGAAAAGAUAUGUCUAUGAUGGAAAUUGUGAAUAUAUUUUUGUUGAGGACCAAUGUAAUCGUCAAGAAGGCACUCUUCAAAUUCUCACUGAGAGUGUUCCCUGCUGUGAGAGGGGAAUGACAUGUUCAAGGAACAUCAGAAUCUUACUUGAGGGUAAAGAAUAUGUUCUGGCUGAUAACCGAGUGGUGACAACUGAACGGCUCACAAACCAAACCCAGUGCACAGUUGAUUCCUAUACACUUCACACUAUUGGACUCUACUUAAUCCUUACCUUUCCCAAUGGGAUUACUGUGAUAUGGGAUAAAAGCACAAGACUUUCAAUCACACUGGAUGCAAGAUGGAAAAAUCGGGUUUGUGGUCUGUGUGGAAACUUCAACGAUGAUGUCUCAGAUGAUCUGACAACAAAAGGGAAUUCCCUGGUGUCUAACGUGGUGGUUUUUGGAAACAGCUGGAAGUCCAUGUCCUGCUCAGAUACGGUCAAUCAAACAUCGCCAUGUGAGAGAAACCAGUAUUGUUUAACAUGGGCAUUGAGGAAGUGUGACAUAAUUCAGCAGAGCAUGUUUCAGUCAUGCCACAGCGAGAUUGACCCAACUCCAUACCAUGAAGCUUGUGUUGAGGAAGCCUGUGCUUGUGAUUUGGAAGGGAAAUACCUGGGAUUCUGCACUGCUGUGGCUGUAUAUGCAGAGGCUUGCAAUAAAGCUGGAGUUUGUGUUGACUGGAGAACACCGGAUCGAUGUCCUGUGUACUGUGACUAUUAUAACACUCCUGGUGAAUGCAGCUGGCACUAUCAGCCAUGUGGAACAUUAACAACAAAAACAUGUUCCGACCAUGAGGUUAGAAAGAAGUAUACUGCAGUCCUUGAAGGUUGUUAUUCAAAAUGCCCCGAAACUCUCCCUUACCUGGACGAAAACAAAAUGAAGUGCGUGACGUUGUCCGAAUGUUCGUGUUCUCAUAAUGGGAAAAUAUUGGAACCUGGUGAAGGAAGCAGUAACUGUGGAAAUUGUGUCUGCAUUGAUGGAAAAAUGAACUGUACAGCUAAAACUACAACCGAGUCACCAACGAGUCUCCCAACAACAACCAAAGUGUCAACACCAACGCGUCUCCCAACAACAACUCUCCUCACAACAACAACUCUCCCCACAACAACUAUCCCCACAACAACUAUUUGCAUCAAUAAUAGUUGUUGA